CUGUGCUAGCUAUCACUUUCGGUUAUUCUUUUGAACAAACACGUAACAUGCAUAAUACUAAUAUCCUAAGGCAGUGUUUGGGAACCCAUUAAAACCAAUCAAAACCCACCUCACAUUUCUCAAAAUCGAAUCCAUCAAAAGCAGAUUCCUUUCCAUUCCACUAGUCUCACCCAUACAACACCCUUUUUCCUUUAUUCUAUUCCAUUUCUCCAAUAAUUUCUCAAUCAUAAAACCAGUCAAAGCCAAACAGAGCCUUAGCUAAUAAUUCAGAGAAAAAAAAAAGGUAUUUUUUUUUUUUUUCCAAUGGCUGCUGCAGAGAGUACGGUGGAACUGGAGUCCUCCAUGAAGAGACAAAGAGAUGAUGAAGAAGAGAAUAAUGGGGUUUCUGUUUCAACAAUGGAUGUUGAAGGUGGUGAUGAUAAGGACCCAAAUGGUAAUGGUGUUUCAUCUGUGAUUCCUGGGUGGUUUUCUGAAAUUAGCCCAAUGUGGCCUGGAGAAGCUCACUCCUUGAAGAUAGAAAAGAUUUUAUUUCAAGGAAAUUCAGAUUACCAGAAAGUCAUGGUCUUCCAGUCAUCAACAUAUGGCAAGGUUCUUGUUUUGGAUGGAGUUAUUCAGCUCACAGAAAGGGACGAAUGUGCCUACCAAGAAAUGAUCACUCAUCUUCCUCUUUGCUCUAUUUCUAACCCCAAAAAGGUUUUGGUUAUUGGUGGAGGUGAUGGAGGAGUCCUGCGAGAAGUAGCACGUCAUUCUUCAAUUGAAAAGAUAGACAUUUGUGAAAUUGACAAUAUGGUUGUUGAAGUUUCCAAACAAUUUUUCCCUGAAGUUGCAGUAGGGUUUAAUGAUCCACGUGUGACUCUUCGCAUUGGUGAUGGAGUUGCAUUUUUGAAGGCAGCUCCAGAAGGAACUUAUGAUGCAGUUAUAGUGGAUUCAUCUGAUCCUAUUGGUCCUGCUCAGGAGCUUUUCGAAAAGCCAUUUUUUCAGUCAGUGGCAAGGGCUCUUCGUCCAGGAGGAGUUAUGUGCACUCAGGCUGAAAGUAUAUGGCUUCAUAUGGAUAUAAUUGAGAACAUUGUGUCCAAUUGUCGUGAGAUUUUCAAAGGCUCUGUCAAUUAUGCUUGGACUACAGUUCCUACAUAUCCAAGUGGGAUGAUUGGUUUUAUGCUUUGCUCAACCGAGGGAGCUCUUGUUGAUUUCAAACAUCCAGUGAAUCCUAUGGAUGAAAACGAAUGUCAGAAGUCAGUAAGACCACUCAAAUUUUACAACUCUGAGAUUCAUACUGCAGCUUUCUGUUUGCCGUCAUUUGCGAAGAGGAAGAUUGGUUCCAAAGAAAACUGAGAAGAUUCUUAAGAGCUCAAAGUAGCUCAUGUGGCUGUGGAAGUCCAUCAUUCAUAUCUUUUUACUCGAUUGGUCUUCUACCAAGGAACCAUGGAAUAAGUCGGUGCCUAAAUUUGAUGUUGAGGAGUAACUGUUUAUUUCAGGAUAAUGACAAAGUUGAUGGAUUUAUUUAGCAAUAAUUUUCCUCAUAAACAUGACCGCCUAUGCUGAACUAUGAUUAGCUGGUAGAUAAAAAUUUUGUUCAAAGAAAUUGAUUGCUUUUUAUCUGUUUUAUCUUUUAAAAUUACACAUGCUUUGAGAUUGAGAUGCA